ACAUUUUACAACUGUCUGUCAAGCAUGUGGUAUGCAGUUACUAUGGUAACGCUGUUUCAACAUCUUUAGUUUAGUGGUGGCUAGUUUUCUAUUUAACCAAUGCUAGCUGGCUGUUUAGCCACCAAUCUUUCGAUUUAAAAUGUCUGAAAUGUCUGCCAUGAAUAGGAAGCUGAUAAAAAAUCUAGCUGAAACUUUGUCUAAACAAGUGAAACACUUCAACAAAACGGAGGCAGAGUGUCUGAUCCGACUCUUCAACGGGCUCCUGGGCGAUCAGAGUGACAAGAGGGUGGGGAAUGGCCUGGACAGAGGAAAGUUCCGAAACAUCCUUCACAACACCUUUGGAAUGACGGAUGAUAUGAUCAUGGAUAGAGUCUUCCGUGCCUUCGAUAAAGACAACGACAGUUACGUGGGAGUGAAAGAGUGGAUAGAGGGCCUCUCCGUCUUCCUACGAGGGACACUGGAUGAAAAAAUCAAGUACUGCUUCGAAGUGUACGACCUGAACGGAGACGGAUACAUCUCCAGAGAGGAGAUGUUCCAUAUGCUAAAGAACAGCCUGAUCCGACAGCCGACGGAGGAAGACCCGGAUGAGGGCAUUAAAGACCUGGUGGAGAUCACUCUCAAGAAGAUGGACCACGACCACGACAGCAGGCUGUCGUACUCAGACUUUGAGAAGGCCGUGAGGGAGGAGAAUCUGCUUCUAGAAGCCUUCGGAAGCUGCCUGCCAGAUGCCAAGAGCAUCAUGGCUUUCGAGCAACAUGCUUUUCAGGAACCACUGGAGUGAUGUGCCCAGGACUUUCGUCAUUCACUAUGCACACUUAUUAUCUAUAUAUUUUUUUAAUUCAUGAAAUUUGCUGCUCAUUAUGAGUAAAGUGUAUAAAUAAAACAUGUUAAACUUUAACACAUUGUAUGUGUUCCCUUGAACUUCUCUUGGUCAUCGUCUACAGUUAAAUUCUCCUCCGUGGCUUCAAUUUGGUCUUCUUUUCUGUCGGUUUGACAUCAGGAACAGAUGUGACCUAAGAAAAAUCAAAGUAUUUAGUCUACCAAUAUU